AACUCACAUGCAUAUUACCAUAACCUAAAAGUUACGAAAUUAAACACUUGAAAGUUUUAUUCAAAGAAAAUAAAUAUUAAACGCCGAAAAUGAUACGAUAGAUAACUGAAUAAUUAACAAUGAGCGCUUUGCUAACGCUGCUGCAACCUCGUAAUUUAUGCUGUCUGUCAUACCGUGGUACAAAUUUAAUAUUUAAGAAACAUGUUAAGUUUAGUGUCCCUCUGGCAAGCUAUGUUAAUCAGCCAAAAUCACAAGCAACCACCUUAGGUGCUAUUGAUGAGGAAAUCGCCAAAGUAAAACCAAAAGUAGUACCACAAUGGAAACCAACACCUUCAACAGACAGACACAGUCUAUUCAAUGACUACUUAAAGUUGUCUAAAAUCAGAUUAACAACUUUGGUAGUUGUUACUUCAAUGGCUGGUUAUGCAGUUGCUCCAGCCCCAUUUGAAUGGACAACAUUUUUACUUUGUUCAGUGGGUACAGGACUAACAUCCUGUGCAGCAAAUGCAGUUAAUCAGUUCCAUGAGGUUCCAUUUGAUGCGCAAAUGUCUAGAACAAAGUCAAGAGUUGUAGUUUGUGGUAAACUAACACCUUUGCAUUCAAUGUUAUUUGCAUUGGGUGCAAGUACAACUGGUCUAGGCCUACUCUACUUUGGUGUAAAUGGACUGACUGCAUCACUGGGCUUAGCUAACUUAAUUCUAUACACAUGUAUCUACACUCCUAUGAAGCGGAUGAGUAUAUUGAACACAUGGGUUGGUUCAAUAGUUGGUGCUAUACCUCCUUUAAUGGGUUGGGCAGCAUGUGCGGAUAGUUUAGGUCCUGGCGCGUGGUUAAUGGCUGCGUUAUUAUAUUCCUGGCAGUUUCCUCAUUUCAACGCGUUAAGUUGGAACCUACGGCCUGAUUAUUCCCGUGCUGGAUACCGAAUGAUGGCGGUAACUGAUCCUGCGUUGUGUAGACGUGUUGCUUUGAGGCAUACCAUCGCAUUAUUAGGUUUUUCUACUGCUGCGCCUAUUAUAGGCACAACUAAUUGGUGGUUCAUGUUGGAAACAUUACCAUUAAAUCUAUAUUUUAUAUAUUUAGCGUACAAAUUUUACCAAGAUUCAACCAGUGCGACAUCACGCAAACUGUUCCGCUUCUCAUUGAUUCACCUACCAGCAAUAAUGAUACUCUUCUUGAUUAAUAAGAAAAAAUGGUACAUGUUUGACGAUACCGCCGAGAAAGAAACGCAAACUGACGCAGAUCAGGAAGCAUUAGCCGAAUAAGUAACUUGUGAUUAUUCCAAAAGCGCCGCUGUGCGCGCCACUCGAAGGGGGUGAAUACAACACAAUCGCGUGUAUUCUGGUGUUGUCACAUCCCCUAUUGUGCAUUUAAUGCGAACAAUGCGC